AUGUUUUUCAACUUUGCUCGUUUUUUCACUUAGCCAUAACAAUUAGAUAAUUUGUUGACAACUCCUGAUUGUGAUUUAGAAACGAUUUUAUCAACUGAUGGAAUUUUACAAGAAAUAAAAGGUUUAGGAGCUACCAAGUUUGCUGAUCAUGUCAUUAAGCAUCCAGAAAUGUAUUAAAAAAUGAUCAAUUACAUUAUUUAAUUUGAAGAUGAACUCAUUGAUAAGAAAACUCAAAUUUAGUAAUUUCUUAAUUAUACUCUUAGAUACCCUUUUCUAACAAGUGAGAUCUUAGGUAGUUAAAAUUAGAAGCUGAUUGAUUACUUAUUCGAGUGUCCCGAAGAAGAAAUUUAAAAUGAAAAUUUAUAAAUACGCCAAGGAUUGUACAACUAACUCCUGUCUUUCUUGGAAAAUGACAUCCUGAAUGUUACUUCAGCAGGAUAUUUUGCAAAGGCAUUCAUAGCAAUAAUAAAGAAGAGAGGCUUCGAUGUUUGGGCAACGAUCGUCAAAAACAGAGCAAUACUGUCAAACCUAAUAAAGCACAUCGAUAUUAAGCACAUCGCAGAAAUAAUUGAAAAGCUAAUCAUUUUGGAUACAUCCCAAGAAAAUUACGAAGAGAAAUUCCUAGAGGAAAGGAAGGAAUUAUUGGAAAGAAUAAUUAAAUUAUUAAAACACAAAUCUUACAACACAGAGAUAGUGGAUAAUGUUUGCGACAUAUUGAUUGAGAUUACAACGAAGAGCAUGAGUUCCUUGUAUUAUAACAAUGGGGAGAUCAUACCUUUCAUUGAUAUCAUCAAGAAACCUGAAUUAUUCCUGAAAAUCGCCUUGUAAACAUAGAGAAUAGGCCCAUACCAAUUGUUAAUCAAUUUGGUAGAGAUGUAAUCGAAAGAAACCAAAAAGGAAGAUGAUGAUGAGGUUGUUCAUAAUUUGGAGAAGGAUUAUUCAAUUUUUGAAUCGAUUCUACCUGAAUUACCUCCAAACCUUUUGAAUCAAGAUUAUCACACUAGCAACUUCAUUAAUUCUAAUAGAUCGUCCAUCCAACCUUUUGGAUUAGCAAGAAUGCAUUUACUCAAACUUAUUCAAGUUCUUGUUCAAACAAACGAUUAAAAAAUUAUCAAGAUUCUAAUACAUUACGGACUAAUUGAAGCUUUGUAAGUUAUCAUUCUGAAGUAUGAAUCAAACAAUCAAAUACAUGCUUGUUGUGAUAAAAUACUUAGGGCAAUUAUCGAUCUUAAUUAAGAUGAUUUCACUCUAGAUGUUUUUGAAAAUAAUAACCUUCUAAACUACAUUGUUUAAAAUCACAAUAAUGAAAAUUCUAAAAAAGGUUUCAUUGGAUUCUUGACUUCCAUCUCCAAUUACCUUGAAGAUAAGGGCAAACAAAACAAUAAAAUUCUCAAGUUCCUUCGCUAGAAUGAAUAAUGGUAGAUAUUUGCGGACAACAUCUUAAAUUAAGUGAAUUCAAAAGAGAAACCCUUUUUGUGUAAUGCCAAUCCAAGACCCAGUUAGGAACCUGAUCUUCUUGAUGAACAAGAAACUGACAAUAUCUUGAACAUUUUAAGAAAAUUUAACAAUAAUUUCUAAAAGAAUGACAAGCAUGUUGGAAAUAAUGAGAAUGGAGAGGGUGUCUAGAGGAAUACCGAAGUGUUGAAUGAAUUUGAAUAGGAUUAAUAGGAGGAUACUGCUGAAGAUGAAGAUGUUUAAGAGGAGUUGGAAUAACAAAAUGAUGAUGAUUAGAAUGAAGAAGAUGAAUAAAUUAAAUAGGAAUAUAAUUAGAGUAAUUUCUGGAGAUUGGAUCCAAAUGAGAAGGAUGCUAAAGAAUUGUUGGAUAAUUUUGAAUGAUAAAUUAUCAUUAAUGUAAUUUUGAAUUUUAAAUCAAAAUGCUGAA